AUGAAUAAUUUCGGAUCGAAAUUAGGUAUUAUUACUAAAUACGCCUUGCAAACAUCUAGUGCUAAGUUUUACCCUAGGCUCUUACAGUGUAGAUUUUACCCAAGACCGACUAGUUUUCCAGAUUACUUUCAGAAUCCCAUAUUUCGUAAAGAAGAUCAAGAAAAACUAAUUGAGAAUAAUGAAUUGUCAAAAUUAGCUACAGUUCCUGUUAAGCCUCCUGCUGUUUACGAAACAUCUUCAGUAUACCAUGAUGCACUAGUAAAUAAAGUAAUCAAUCAUGUCAUGAAAAUGGGCAAUAAGAAAUUGGCAAGGAGCCUAGUUGAAAAAGCUUUUGAAAAUAUCAAAAGAAUUCAAAUAGAACGAUAUCAUCUUGCCUCUACUCCUGAAGAGAAGGCAAAAAUUAUACUAGAUCCAAAGGAUAUAAUACACAUAGCUGUGGAGAAUUCUAAACCUUUACUACAAUUAUUGCCAAUAAAAAGAGGUGGCAUUACAUAUCAGGUUCCUGGACCAAUCUCUGAGAAAAGAUCGCUUUUCUUAGCAAUUAAAUGGUUACUGGAAGCUACUAAUGACAAAGAAAGAACAGUGCAUUUUCCUGAACAAUUUGCAUGGGAGUUACUUGAUGCUGCCAACAACACUGGCAAAGUGGUCAAGAGGAAACAGGACCUGCAUCGCCAGUGCGAAGCUAAUAGGGCAUAUGCACACUACAGAUGGCAA